AUGAGCCCGUUUUUCUCUCAGUCAGCAUGGCUCUGCUUAACUGCCACUGCAGUGCUGGGGGGCAUGCUUUUCUACAGAUCCAAGAGCCCGGGGAAGCUGUGGAACCAGGUGCUGUGCCUUGCUGGCCUCUGGGGAGGUGCUUGUCUGCUCAACCUGUCCCUCCUCUGGAGCUUGCUUCUCUUGUCGUUGUCCUGUUUCUUCUUGUGCGUGUGUUCAUCCGAUCAAGAAUUCUUACCUGUGGAUCAAAAGGCCGUGCUGGUUACAGGUGCUGAUUCUGGUUUCGGUCAUGCAUUGGUCAAGCACCUGGACAAGCUGGGCUUCACAGUGUUUGCCGGAGUGCUGGAUGCAAAAGGCUCAGGGGCAGAGGAAUUGAGAAAAACCUGCUCUGACCGCCUCUCGGUACUCCAGAUGGAUGUCACCAAGCUAGAGCAGAUAGAAGAUGCUCACAGCAAAGUCAUGGAGAAGACACAAGACAAAGGUCUGUGGGCUCUGGUCAACAACGCUGGAAUCUUCCACUUUCCGAUAGAUGGGGAACUCAUUCCCAUGACCAGUUACAGAAAAUGCAUGGCUGUGAACUUCUUCGGAGCAGUGGAGGUCACCAAGGUGUUCCUGCCUCUCCUUAGAAAAUCCAAGGGUAGGCUGGUGAAUGUCAGCAGCAUGGGAGCUAAGGUUCCAAUACAACUGGUGGCAGCCUACUGCUCCACGAAGGCCGCUCUGACCAUGUUUUCAUCAAUCAUCAGACAAGAGCUUUGCAAAUGGGGAGUCAAGGUUGCCAUCAUCCAACCUGGAGGUUUCCAAACAAACCUUUCAGGCACACCUGAAAUGUGGAGUAAGAUGGAGAAGGAAAUCCUGGACCACCUUUCGCAGGAGACACAGGAUGACUAUGGCCAGGACUAUAUCCACACACAGAACUUUCUCCAGACAAUGAGAGACAGGUCCUUCCCAGACAUCAGUCCUGUGAUUGGUGACAUCCAGCAUGCCAUUUCUGCCAGAAACCCCUCUUCCUUUUAUUUCCCAGGAAGACUGACUUACCUGUGGAUCUGCUUCAUCUCCUAUUUCCCGACUAGCUUAGUGGACUACAUUUUGCAAAAAUGUUUUGCUCCAAAACACAUGCCAAGAGCUCUAAGGGCAUCCAGUUAG